AUCAACAUGCGUGUCCUCUUCUUGCCUUUCGCAGUGGCUCUCUUGGGAGUGGUCGGUGCCACUUCUCUAUCCAGGACCUAUUUGCCGCCUCAGGUGCAGGUGGUGCAACCCCAGGUGAUCUCUGUUCCCAGGGUUCAAGUUCAACCCCAGAUCAUCGAGCGUCAGGUGGUUCCCGCCCCUCUGGUGGUGCCACAAGUGGUUCCCGUUUAUCGUCCGUCGCCAGUGGUGCAGAUAGCUCGUCCUGCUCCCCAAGUGAUCUCCGUGGCUGCGCCUCGUAACACCUAUCUGCCACCCCAAGUGAUUAGUCGCCCCGCUCCACAGGUGGUGUCCAUUGCGCGUCCCGCUCCACAGGUGGUGUCCAUUGCGCGUCCCGCUCCGCAGGUGGUGUCCAUUGCUCGUCCUGCUCCACAGGUGGUGUCCAUUGCUCGUCCUGCUCCACAGGUGGUGUCCAUUGCUCGUCCCGCUCCAGAGGUGGUGUCCAUUGCGCGUCCUGCUCCAGAGGUAGUGUCCAUUGCGCGUCCCGCUCCGCAGGUGGUGUCCAUUGCUCGUCCUGCUCCACAGGUGGUGUCCAUUGCUCGUCCUGCUCCACAGGUGGUGUCCAUUGUUCGUCCUGCUCCACAGGUGGUGUCCAUUGCUCGUCCUGCUCCGCAAGUGAUCUCGGUGGCUGCUCCGCGCAAUACCUACCUGCCGCCACAAGUCAUCGCUCCUCGUAACACCUACCUGCCGCCCCAGUAAGAUGCCUCAUCAUCCGAAACAACAUUUCUGAGCAACCACCAACUCAACUGGUUUGUGGUUUAACCCACAACACCAACUAUAUUCGAAUGCUAAUUCACCAUCUUGGCAAAGAAAUGCAAAAAUACAUUUAAUAGGUUUAUUUGUGUGUCUGACUUGAUACGAUUAGCAUAUUCUCGAAUUAGCGCAAAAGAGACAAUAAAGAAAGCUCAGAAAGAU